GUCUAUAUGAUGUUCUGAUUAAGACCGUUUUCAAAAAGAUUAUUAUUAUAUUUUAACAACAGUACGACAGGUCAUUAAGUCUUCUAUACGAGACCAGGUGACGUUUUUAACGCAAUGGAUCAUUGAUGAUUCUAAAAGUAAAGCAGCUGGUUUUGAGUGUAUUUUUCAUCACAGGAUCAAGUCAAUGAGGAAGAGUUUACAACACAAAGCUUCAGUGAAGGAUGAUUACCUGGCUACAUAUCAUCAUUAUCUUGGUUUUUCAUCUUAAAAAUUGUAUUACGUCGUCUGGCCAUUGAUUAGUUAGUACAUUUUGAUUAUUUCGCCGGUCAAUCUAAUUAAAUAUUUAGUAUUUUAAAAUUGAUUUUGAAAUAUUUGUGGUCGGAAAAGUCACAAAAACAUAUCGUGAAUAUCUAAUAUUUUUAUCAAGGCGAAUUAUCAUUCGAGAACGGCUUGACCGACGACAAACAAAAAACAUGGAGUCGAAUAUUUCCAUCCAAAGUCAAUGUUCUGCAAAUUUGGUUGGAGUUUCAAGCUUCGUUUUUAUCAUUCUGAAUGGGAUUUCCGGUUUUGCUUCAAUUAUCGGCAACUCUUUAGUUGUUUUGGUAAUUUUUAAAACGAAGGUGCUUAGAACGACUUCAAAUUUUUUCAUCUCUUCUCUGGCUUUGGCAGACUUAAUUGUUGGUUUGAUUAUCAAUCCAUUGUACAUAGUCAUAAUAUCGCACAAUGUUUGGCUUGAGCAACAUCCACUCAUGAAAAUGGAAAACUUUCUUUGGAUUCACUCUUUGACGGCUACGACUUUCAGCCUUUGUUUGGUAAGUGUUGAAAGGUAUGUUGCUAUUUCUCGUCCUUUCCGGUACCCCAAAAAUAUGAACAAGAAAAGAUGUUUUUUCGUUGUCUUAACUAUGUGGUUUUUCUCGCUGUGUAUGGGAUCAUUAAGUCUUGGCGUCCAGGAAAAAGAUUUAGCUUUGCUGUGGGUUGUUUGUUCCUCGCUAGUGGUGUUCCCGCCAUUAACAGUAAUAGCUGUGUGUUAUUAUAAAAUCUUUAAAAUCGCUCGUCGACACGAAAAACGAAUCGAAAAAGACACCAUCCAAGAAACAGCUUUUCGUGUGAAGAAUCAGAAAGCUACAUGGACGAUAGUGAUUAUCGUAGGCUUAUUCGUAAUCCUCUUCACCCCAAGCCUUGUGUUUUCAUAUAUUACGCUUGCUCAACGAGAUAAAUGCCAAGAAAUGAAAGUAUAUCGCCAGUGGAUUUGGGCAAUAUUUGUAAACUUUAGUGGUUCAGCAAUAAACCCUUGGAUUUAUGCUAUACGCAAUAAAGACUUCAAAAGGGUUCUAACUAGGAUCUAUGGCUUCAGAAUUAAUCAUGAACCUCUGACAUUAAUUAGAAUAAAUUGGAAAGUUAUAUUUCAUCUACGCAGUGGAAGUUAUGCUGUCAAUAUCUCAAAAAGCACCUUAAGCGAGUGACGGGACGUUUUAGUCGUUCGAUUCUAUAAAGUCCCCAAAAAAAGAGUCACCAGAUUGCUUGAAUCAUAACAAGUGUUACAUAAAAUAAUUCAUCGCUUUUACUUCAUGAUACUAUUAAGCUUAUCACUUUUGAAGUAGAUCAAAAGCAAACUUGGAUUGAAAAAAUACGACUUACAAACGGCUUUGCAGUUCGAGCAUUAUCAUUGGAUAGUACACACACAUAUAUAAAUUACAAUUGAACGAUGCUAAGACAGAGUUUUUAAUUAUUGGUACGUCCGCGCAGUUGAAUAAAGUCAGCUUAACAGAAAUACGGAUAGACUCCACAAAAGUAUCCGCUGUAGACUCAGCUAGUAAUCUGGGGGCCUGGUUUGAUUCAAAUAUUAGAAUGACCACCCACAUAAAUAAAAUUUGUCAGUCAGUAUACACUCAAUAGAACAAUCGUUGUCGGGUUCAGAAACAUAGAACAUAGAAGCAGAGACCGAAAUGACACGUGAAAUGACAUAAUUAUAUUAGAAUUUAUUCAUUUGCG